AUGGGAGAGCAUAGUCCUAAGUAUGCGAACUCUGGAUACCGGGGGACCUCCAGUUUCAAUUACCCUUGCCAUGGUAUGCGGGGCUCUGCCGUGGUGGACUUCCAAUCCCUUGCUGCUCGUGGGAACCACAUGGAGAACGAAAGAAAUAAAAACUUAUCUACCCAGUCUCAAGCUGUUGUAGAUCAAUCAAACCCCAAUCAACCACAGAAUUUUCACAAUAUAUCUGAACAAGUAAAUUCUGUUAGGAGAAGUACUAGACGAACAUACAACAUAUAUAGAAGUAUCUCACCCAAUCUUUCCGAUAUAACAGAACCUUUUAGUCCUAGUACAAUAUCAUACACCCCAAGUCUAGCUUCUGUGGAUGAAGAUCCUAGUGAUCAUUUAGUUCAGGAACCUCCUGCUUUGGAUGUUGCGCGGGGGGAAAACUCCCUUUUACCCGUGUCCACCAAAACUGGGAAACCAAGAGUGCGCAUGAGUUGGAGCUCAGAAGUUAACAUUUUUAUCAUGCGAACUUACUACUACAUCACAAAAUUAGAGACAGACAUGACAAUUUACAGGAAAAAACUACAUGAACAUUUCUUAGCCAGGUAUCCAGAUAUUAACGUGUCAGAACAAAGAAUAUCUGAUCAAAGAAGGGCCAUAAUAAAGAACAAAUACUUAUCCGAAAGCUUUUUGAACGAACUGAAAAAAGAAGUCCAAACAAAAUUAGAAAUUGAAUCAAAUAAUGAAAACAACUCUACCAUACAUACAAUACACAGAGAUGAUACUACAGAUACUCCUAAUAUACCAUCAUCUAUCGUGCCUUUAUCCAUACACACACUUUCAUCAAGAAACGCCCCUGUAUUACAAACACACAUACAUAAUACCAAUGCUAACCGUGGUAACUCUGAAGACGUUCCUACACAAGUCACGCAACCAUCUAACAUGUCUACACAGACAGAAAAUAUUAAUAUUCUUCUUGAAAACGAGGUUGAAUGCCUGGACUAUGAGCUCGAAAUUAACACUGAUCCUAUUGUCCAGCAAAUGUACGAAAAGUUACAAACCACAUUAUUACUAUAUAGAGGUAUAGAUCCUACAGUCAGACCAAAAUUACCAAAAUUAAGAUAUAGCAAGAAACUAAGUCAGUUACUUAACCUGUUUAAUGAACAUAUACUGAACCGAUUUUUAUCAAACGAAGUAGAAUUAAGUGAUAUUCACACAUUAGUGUACUGCACUGCGUACGUAAUAUCUCAAGAACUAGGAUUUAAAAUUAAUAAUGAUACUGAAGAAAGAGUACAUAGACACAUUAAACAGAUUAAAAAGCCAUCGUGGAAAGUAAGGUUGGAAAAGGAUAUAGAAUCUAUUAGAGCAGACAUAGGUAGAGUUACUCAAUAUAUCAAUAAUAACAGAUCUAGAAAAUUAGUACAAAAAGUAGAAGAAAUAUUUCAGAAGCUUAGGGUCCACAGCAAAUAUGAUAAAAAUAACGAAAAACCGGAAGAAUACUUAGAUACAUUAAAGCAAAAAUUAGCUCUCAAAUCCAAAAGAUUAGCAAGGUACAAUAAAUCUUUGAAAAGAAAAAAUGAUAACAAAUUGUUCACAACAAAUGAAAAGAAUUUUUAUAGGAAACUACAAGCAGAAAAUAAUUCGCAAGAUAACAAUGGUAGCACAGAAAUCCCUUCAACAGAAGAGUUAGAAAACUUUUGGGCUGGUAUUUGGGAAACGGAAUCACAACACAAGGAAGCGGAAUGGAUGAUAAAAGAAGAAGGAAGAUGGGAAACAAUAGAAGAAAUGCGCCUCGGAGACAUUACAGAAAGCGAUAUCAAAGAGAACACUGUUCAUUUACACAACUGGAAAGCACCUGGUGUCGAUAAAAUUCAUAACUUCUGGUAUAAAAAAUUACAUGUUUUGCAUAGGCCAAUAGCGAAAACCUUUACAAAUAUAUUUCAAGGUAUGGAAAAUAUACCCCAAUUUGUUACAAAAGGUAUUACAUACAUGUUACCGAAAGGAUCUCACACUAAACAACCAUCAAAAUAUAGACCUAUAACCUGUCUUCCUACUAUCUAUAAAAUAUUAACAUCAGUUAUCUCAUCAAGGAUCAAUGCACACUUAGAACAAAAUAAUAUCUUAUCUGAAGAACAGAAAGGGUGUAGAAAAGGGCACAUGGGAUGCAAAGAGCAACUUAUAAUUGACUCUACAAUUCAUAAACAUGCUGCUGCAAAAAGAAGGAACCUACAUUGUGCGUAUAUAGACUAUCAAAAAGCUUUUGAUAGUGUCCCACACUCUUGGCUACUACGUGUCCUAAAUAUAUAUAAAAUUGACCCAAAAAUAGUUUUAUUUUUACAGAAUAUAAUGCCGAACUGGAAAACUUCACUUUGUCUAACCACGCAAAACUCUAAAGUCACAAGCAGGGAGAUAACCAUCAAAAAAGGCAUAUAUCAAGGGGACUCACUGAGUCCCUUAUGGUUUUGUCUUGCCCUUAAUCCACUGUCUCAUUUGUUGAAUGGUCUCCGUGUUGGAUACUCUCUUAAACAUGACAAUACAGAAACUAAUAUUGAUCACUUAAUUUAUAUGGAUGAUAUUAAACUUUACGCUAAAACAAAAAAAGACAUUGAUAAAUUAAUAGAAACCACAGCAAAAUUUAGCAACGAUAUUAAUAUGAAAUUCGGACUUGACAAAUGUCGUACAUUACAUAUAAUUAAAGGUAAAACCCAACCCGGGGGGUAUGCAAUAAGUGAGACAGAGUCAAUAGCAGCAAUGGAACCCAAUGAAGUUUAUAAAUAUUUGGGAUACGUGCAAUCAAGAGGUCUAGAUCAUAGUGAAAUAAAAAGAUCCCUACAAAAUGAGUACAGAAGAAGAAUUAUUAAAGUAACAAAAAGCCAGCUUACAGGAAAAAACAUGAUUAAAGCCAUAAACACUUUUUGCAUCCCUAUCCUUACUUACUCUUUCGGAGUUAUAAAAUGGUCUAAAACUAAUAUAAUCACAAUAGAACGUAUGACUAGAACUAUCCUAACGAAAUAUAAUUAUUUACACCCAAAGUCAGCAAUAGAACGCAUGGUCAUAAAAAGGAAAAACGGUGGUCGUGGACUUAUUAAUAUUCAAGCUCUCUGGAAAAAGCAAAUUACAACUCUUAAAACAUUCUUUAGUAGAAAAGCCGAACAUAACCAAAUACACAGUGCAAUCAUUAAUAACGACAAAAUGUACACACCACUAAACCUAACUGACAGACAGACAGAAACAGAACCCUGUAGAACCGACUAUGAGGAUGAAAAUAUAGACGAAUGGAAAAGGAAAGUACUCCACGGUAGACAUCCAAACGACCUCCAACAAUCCCAUAUAGACCUAGAGGCUUCAAACAAAUGGUUACAAGUUGGCACCCUAUUUGCUGAAACAGAAGGAUUCUUAAUUGCAAUACAAGAUCAGGUAAUAAACACCAAAAACUACCAAAAAUAUAUAAUAAAGGACGCACAUAUUAGAGAUGAUAAAUGCCGAAAAUGCCACAUACAUUCAGAAACCAUACAACACAUAACUGGAGCAUGCCCUCACCUUACUCAAACAGAUUACACCCACAGGCACAACCAAGUUGCAAACAUCAUACACCAAAAACUUGCUCAUAAACAUAACCUUUUACAAACUACAAACAAGCCUACACCCUACUAUGAGUACUUACCAAAGCCAGUCCUAGAAAACAAUACACAUAAACUAUAUUAUGAUCGAAGCAUCCUUACCGAUAGAACCAUACACUAUAACAGACCUGACAUUGUACUACAAGAUAAACUAAAUAAAACUACAUACCUUAUAGACAUAGCAGUACCGAAUACGCAUAAUCUCACAAAAACUAUUACAGAAAAAAUUCACAAAUACACAGACCUAAAAGAUGAAAUAUAUAGGAUAUGGAAUCAAGAUAAAGUUUUCAUAGUUCCCAUUGUAUUGUCCACAACUGGUGUCAUUCCCAAGCAUUUGCAUAAUUCCCUCAAGCUACUCAAUCUCAAACCCCUUACAUAUAUUAAUAUGCAGAAAGCAGCAAUUCUUAAUACCUGUCGAAUAGUUAGGAAGUUUAUGGACUCUACAGACACUGACACCUACAACAUAAAUACCAACUACACACACACGGACUGA